ACAUUGGCCAUAGAGACGAGUUGGGAAACCGACUGAAGUCUGGAGCCGGAGCAAUGGCGGAAACAGACCCCAAAACUGUACAGGACCUGACCGCUGUGGUUCAUACACUUCUCCAGCAGAUGCAGGACAAAUUUCAGACCAUGUCAGACCAGAUAAUUGGCCGAAUUGAUGAUAUGAGCAGUCGCAUUGAUGAUAUGGAGAAAAACAUCGCUGACCUUAUGACCCAAGCAGGAGUGGAAGAAAUAGAAGGGGAAAACAAAAUACCAACUACACGUAAUAGUUAAAGAUUUUGUUAAUCCUUUCGAGUGAACUCUUGAAAAUGUUUUUCACAAGCCAAGAGGUGAAGGAACAGAUUUUCUCAACUAACUACUGUGUGCAACAUUUUUUUUUAAUUAUAGAGCUUGUAUUCCUAGAAUAUGCAGUUUAGUUAGGUUUCAAGGUGAUUUAUUUUUUGAUUUCUUGUAUGUGAUAGCUUCAACUAUAUGACAUAAAAUGUGUAAAUAUUAGUAAACUGAAAUUCUGACUACUCUUGGCUAAAAUUUUCAAAAUUUUUAGUGCAUUUUUUGUCAGGUCAUUUGUCAUUCCUUUUGUAGUCAUUUCAGUUUAAUAAGAAAUUGGUGCAAGUUUUUUUUUAAAGAAAUGUAUUAAUUUUUUCAACUGUUAUCAGAUUCUCUUUGUGAACUGAAGUACCUAGAGUAAACGGUUCGUAAUUCUUAGCACAAAAUUACUGUUGUACUAUAACAAAUAAAUGGUAUGUUGACCAUAUUUUUAAAGCAGACAAAAAAAUUGA